AUGGAUCACUCAGUCAGCAGUCGUCCCUUCAACACCCGGGGUCGGAACGAUCUUGCGUACAAGCUGUUCAUAGAGCUUCUUUCAUAUCAAUUGGCCUCCCCAGUGCGUUGGAUCGAGACACAAGAUGAGCUUCUUAAGGCCAAAACGGCUAUCUGCCGCUUCAUCGAGGUCGGUCCCCGGACCACUCUAGCAAAUAUGGCUAGAAAAUCAGCGGCCAUACACCAUAAGUCUCACGCUCCAUCUCAGUGGGCUCAUCUGCAAUUCCUUUCGUACAUGGACGACAAGGCCGGGAUAAUGUACGAGUAUCAGAAAGCUUCUCCGCUAGUGCAGCCCAAGAGCGAGAAUAUCUCAGUGCCUGCCAAUAUACGUGCUCAGAAACAAGAGACACGCGUCCCCGAAGCGAGCCCGCCAGCCUCGCCAACUUCUACAGCCAUUACGUCCUAUGGCCCCAGCAAAGACGUCGUUCUAUCAGCAAGACAUAUCACUCUUGCCAUGACCGCACAGAAGUUGCGACGACCUUUCGACCGAGUUCCGAUGAUCAAGACGAUCAGGGAUUUAUCUGGAGGGAAAUCAACAUUGCAGAAUGAACUCACAGGUGAUCUGGUUGCUGAGUUUGGACGUGUCCCAGAUGGAGUUGAGGAUAUGUCUCUGACGGCUCUGGGGGAAGCGUUGCAGGGUGGCUUUUCAGGCAAGCCUGGGAAACAAAUGUCGAUGCUAAUCUCCAAGUUCGUGUCCAGCAAGCUACCUGCGGGGUUCAACCAGGUUGCUAUGCAAGACUUUCUGCAGCUGAAAUGGGGGCUGGACAAACCGCAUUCCACCAUUCUUAUCUGCUUUGCGACAGCCAUGGAGCCAGCGUCGAGGCUUUCCGGUGCGGAUGAAGUUCGGUCGUAUCUGGAUGGUCUUGUUGAGCAAUAUGCUGCGUUUGAAGGCAUUGCUUUCGUUCCUACGGGCGCACAAGGUGGUAGCGCUAGCAGCUCGUCAUCAACGGCGAUGAUGAGCUCGGCUGAGUUUGAAUCCCUCAAGAACGAGCAUAAAAAACUUUUUCAGAAGCAGUUCAAGGUUCUAGAGGCAUACCUUCAGUCAGGCGAGCAGACAUUGGAUGUUGACACGACCCAGAUAACGAACCGUUCACAAGCCAUGGAGAAGAGUCUUCAGCAAUGGAAUGCAGAGCUGGACGACCAGUUUUUGGAUUGCGUCAAGCCCAUGUUCAAUCUCAACAAGGCACGGCAGUAUGAUUCCUGGUGGAACUGGGUCAGAGAGGACGUUUUCCGAUGGUUGAAUGAGAUUUCAGCCAGCCAUAUCGAUACAGCAUUACUUAGCGUGGAUGACCGCCUCCGUCGGAUUUUUAAUCGUUGGGAGCCUAGCUGCGUCGACAUCAUACGUGCUCAUUUGGGAACAUCGUGGUCAGAGCAAGUCAUCACAUCAACAUUACCUCAUGUGGGUAACAAACAGGCGAUCUUGUAUGAGAUGUUGCGUCUCGGCGCCAGGGCGCAAUUGGCGGAUCCCAUUUUCAUUCACACACAGCUACCCAUGGGACCCAGAACAAUGAUUUCAGCAUCUGGGCAGCGAGAAUACGAUGAGAUACCUCGCAACAUCUGUAAUUACCCAGAUGUCGUGCGUCAAGGGCGCACGUCAACCGCAGCUGGUCUCAAUACAAUCCCGUUUGUUCAUCUGAGAAAACGGAGAGACGAGCAAGAUUGGUUAUAUGAUCCGGCAGCAACGGAGAUCUUGCAUACAGCUUUGGACACUGGCGUUACCACUGGUUUAACAUAUGCCGGUAAAUCAGUUCUGGUAACAGGAGGCGGACCGGAUUCAAUUGGUGCCCAUGUGGUCCAAGGACUGUUAGCUGGCGGAGCUAAGGUCAUCGUUACUACAAGCCGCGCCGUUUCCAGCAGCGCGACGUUCUUUCAGGGUGCAUUUAGGACGCAUGGCUCUCGAGGGGCAUCCUUGACUCUGCUUCCCUUUAACCAAGCGAGCAAAAAUGACUGCGAGGCACUGAUCCAGUACGUCUAUAGCAAGGACUCUCCUGUAGGCGGUGAUCUAGAUUAUAUCGUUCCUUUUGCAGCCAUCCCGCAGGCAGGGGAGCUAGACUCUAUAGGCGACCGCCAGGAGGUUGCGCUCAGAGCAAUGCUGGUCAACAUUCUGCGACUCAUUGGCUUUGUGCGCCGUGAGAAAGAAAAGCGACGUAUCGAUACCCGACCUACCACGGUAAUACUACCAAUGUCCUGUAAUGAAGGCACCUUCGGCGGCGAUGGUUUGUACGCCGAAGCCAAGAUUGGGCUAAAAACCUUGUUCAACAGAUUUCACUCGGAAACGUGGUCAACUUAUAUCAAUGUUUGCGGAGCAGUUAUCGGGUGGACUCGUGGCACAGGCUUGAUGCGUUCUACAAAUGCGUUGGCGGCCGAAAUGGAGAAACUUGGCGUGAUUACCUUCACACAGGCUGAGAUGGCCCUGAACAUCUUGGCGUUGUUAACACCAAGUGUAACGACCCUUGCAGAAGAGGCGCCCAUCUAUGCUGACCUGACGGGUGGACUAGGUUCCAUGUGGAAUGUCAAAGAGCAGAUAGCAUGUUGCCGAAAGAAGCUGAGUAAUGAGCACCAGUUACGGAAUGCUUUGAUGAGGGAGGACGGUCACCAUCAAAUCGCCGUCCAGGGCAAGACUCCGCUCUAUCAGCAAAGGGAGGCGCUCGUUCAGAGAAAGCGUGCGAACCUGAAAAUCGGGUUCCCUCCACUAACAACUCACCACGACAUGAUAUCUGGCCUUCCUGAUCUUCUCGAUAUGGUAGACCUCUCACGCACUGUGGUGGUGGUCGGAUUCUCAGAGUUGGGGCCCUGGGGUAAUGCUCAUACGAGGUGGGAAAUGGAGUCCCAAGGCCAUUUUUCGCUCGAGGGCUAUAUCGAGAUAGUCUGGAUCAUGGGACUGAUACAACAUAUCGAUGGUGAAGUUGAAGGUCAACCGUAUGUUGGCUGGGUCGACGCGGAGACUCGUGAGCCCGUUCAGGACGAAGACAUUCCGACAAGAUACGGCAACUGUAUAUCGAAAGGCACUGGUCUGAGAUUGAUCGAACCGAGUGAACUAGACAGUUAUGACCCAUCCAGGAAGGAGUUCAUCCAAGAAGUGGCCAUCGAAGAUGACCUGCCUCCAUUCGAGAGCUCAAAAUCCGCAGCCGAGGCCUUCAAGUUGAGGCACGGUGACAAAGUUUCUAUUCAGUCUAUCCCGGGGUCCGAUGAAUACCGGGUAUUUAUCAAGAAAGGUGCAACGCUGAUGAUCCCCAAAUCUAUCCCGUUUGACCAGAUCGUCGGAGGUAGAGUUCCUAAGGGUUGGAACCCUUCACGGUAUGGAAUUCCAGAGGACAUCGUACAACAAGUUGAUCGAACAACCCUAUAUGCGCUAUGUUGUGUUUCUGAGGCGUUCCUGUCCGCCGGAAUCAAGGACCCAUACGAGAUUUACCAACACAUUCAUCCGUCAGAAAUGACCAACUGCUUAGGCACUGGUGGUGGCCCUGGUAAAGCUAUUCAGUCCAUGUAUCGUGACCGGUAUCUUGAUCGUCCAAUCAGAGGCGACAUCAUUUUGGACCAUUUUGCCAACACCAUGGGUGCAUGGGUCAAUAUGCUCUUGCUGUCCUCGACCGGACCUCUUAAGACUCCAGUCGGAGCUUGUGCCACCGCCAUUGAAUCUUUGGAUUCGGGUUGUGAGGCGAUCAUGACCGGAAAAUGCAAAAUGGCUUUGGUGGGCGGAUGCGAUGACUACGGCGAAGAGGUAGCGUACGAAUUUGCGAACAUCAAGGCCACAGCCAAUAGCGCCGAAGAGCUUGCCAAGGAUCGUUUACCGAGUGAGAUUUCGCGUCCGACAGCAAGCUCACGCAGCGGUUUUGCUGAGGCUGCCGGGUGCGGCGUCCAGAUACUUACCAGUGCCGAGGUUGCACUUGAGAUGGGCUUGCCGAUUUAUGGUGUGGUAGCCUACAAUCAACUUGCGAGUGAUCAAAUCGGUCGGUCAAUACCUGCACCCGGUAAAGGAAUUCUCACUGCGGCACGCGAAGGGAUACGGGCGCAGAGUUCACCCUUGCUCGACUUCGGAUUCCGACGCUCCUGUUUCGAUCAAGAGGUGGCCUGCAUUCAGCAGCACUAUUCGGAGCAGAAGCAUACACAGGAUUAUCCUUCAAGCGAGAGUGUAGAGCCACAAGUUGGCCAAGCUCGCAUGGAGCAGAUCAUGAAGUCAAGAAUUCGGGAUGCGCAGCAGCGGUGGGCGAACAAUAUCCGGCUCCAAGACUCCUCAAUUUCACCUGUGCGGGCCGCUUUGGCUGCGUGGGGCCUGACUAUAGACGAUAUUGGACUGGUAUCAAUGCAUGGUACAUCGACGAAAGCGAACGAGAUCAACGAGGGAGACGUGAUCAAUACGCAGAUGCAUCACUUGGGCAGACGAAAAGGCAACCCGUUGCUCUGCGUUUGCCAGAAGUCACUGACUGGCCACCCCAAGGGAGCUGCAGGCGCCUGGCAAUUGAACGGUUGUAUGCAGAUAUUUCGCGACGGGAUUGUUCCCGGCAAUCGCAAUGCCGACAAUGUGGAUGAGCAACUGCGCAAAUUUGAGUAUUUAUUAUAUCCCAUGAGUCCGCUGCCGAUUUCAGAGGUGAAAGCGACCAUGCUCACAUCAUUCGGCUUCGGUCAAAAAGGUGCCAUCAACGUCUUGGUCGCGCCGAGGUAUCUAUUUGCGUCUCUCUCGACAGAAGUCUUCGAGAAAUACCGCACCCAGGUGAACAGGCGACAACGAACUGCGACCAAAGAGUACAUCUCGCGGUUGUUGAAGAACACGAUGGUUCAGGUCAAAAACACCGCCCCGUGGAAAGACAGUCACGAUAUGCGCGAUGUGUUUCUCAAUCAGAACAGUCGCCUUGCCAAAGAUUAUUCUCGAUUCGUUGAUAGUGCAUCAAAUUGCAGUCCUAGCGUCCAGAUCCCUAGCCCGGAAGUGACAUCAACAGCCGACAGAUCGAAGAGAGUAUCUGCAAUCGUCCAAUCGAUGGUCGAAGAUGUAACCCGACGUGCUGAAGCGGCUUCAUCUGUCACUGUUGGGGUCGAUGUAGAGGAAAUCGCCAGCAUCAACAUAGAGAACGAAAACUACAUCGACCGGAAUUUCACAUGGAGGGAACGCGAGUACUGUCGGAAAGCACCGAAUCCCCGCGCCUCGUACGCAGGCCGUUGGAGCGCUAAAGAAGCCGUCUUCAAGAGUCUGCAAACCCCGUCCAGAGGGGCCGGUGUAUCAAUGAAUGAGAUAGAGAUUGUGAAUACCAAUGGUAUUCCCAGUGUGACGCUUCAUGGCAAUGCUCAUGCUGUUGCAGCAUCGAAAGGUAUUAGCAACAUCGAAGUGACCAUCAGCCAUGCCUCGGACACCGUUGUCGCCGUAGCAUUAGCUACAGGUGAAGCUGAAGGGGCACGCUUUUAG